GUGGAGGGCGACUGGGAUGAGCAUGAGCAUGAGGCGGAGGGGUCCACGGAAGAAGAAGGAGGUGAUGAUGAUGAUGACGGGGAUGGAGAGGAGGAGGAGGCGGACGGGGGUGCUGUCGGAGCGUACGGCGGCGCUGACGGCGGUGGCACAACGACCACAAACCGCCGUCGCCGCCGCCGUCGUCGUACGACUACAACGGGCAGGAGUCGAGGCCGUGGUCGAGGCCGUCGCAGCAGCGCCCGCGGUCGCAGUCGCGCCCGGGGUGGGGCCGCCGCCAGCCGCCGCCGUCGCCGUACGGCAGGCGGCGCCUCCGCCUCCGCCAGCGGUGCCGCUGCCGCUGCUGCUGCUACUCCCUCACGGGCCCUGCUCCGAGAGCAGCUGGGUAGCGCAGCCAGAGUGCGAGCGAGGACGGCAGCCAGCAUGGCAGCGGCAGGGGGGCGGGCAGGAGGAGGAGGGGGCGCGGCGGCGGCGGGGGGAGCAGCCGCUUUCCGAGGCGGCGGCGGCGGUGAUGCGGACGAGGAGGAUGACGUGCCGCUGGCUCAGCGGCGCACGGUUGCUAGGUUGCGGUUGUAUGUGGCAGACCAGCGGCGGGUGGAGCAGAUGCGGCAGCAGUGGCAGGCCAUGCGCGAGGAGGACCGGCAGCAUUUCGGACAGGCCACCCUGGCAGCCGAGUACCGCAGGAACCAGCAGCAGGGGCAGGGGCAGGGGCAGGAACGGGGUAACGCCGGUGGCAGCGGUGGCGCCGCCGGACCCGCCGCAGCAGCAGCAGGUCCCAGCGGUACGGCAACAGCGGUUGGAGCAGGAGCAGCGGCGGCGGCACGAGAGCGGGCGCUGCAGGCGCUUAGGGCCCAACGGGCGCAGGAGGCAGCUGCUGCGGCAAGAGGGUUGGCAGCUGGAAGCGGAGGAGGAGGAGGAGGAGGAGGGGGCGGAAGGGGUGGCGGACACGGUCACGGCACGGGUGCGUACGACAGGGUGGUGGAGGACGGCUCCGCUGCCGUACGACGUCAGCGGGGGGCCGCUGGCGGAGGCGGCGGCGGUGAUGGUGACGUGGAGGCGGCUGCCUGGCGUACCUUGGACCGCUUGCGUGGCGGCGGCAGCGGGGGUAGCAGUCGCGGCGGCAGCAGCGGCGGCGGCUCCCUUCUCGCUUCCUUGGCAAACGGCAGACGCGGCAUGCCCCCCGCCGGGGGGUCAGCGGCGGGUGCAGCCGCUGAUGGCGGCGGGGGAGGUAGUACGGGUGCUGUACGGGCUUACGGCACCACCGUCGCCACCUCCGCCGCUGGGGCGCCCUCCGCCGCUGAGCUGCUGCGGCGGCUGGGUCCGGGUGCGCUGGUGGGGGGCCUCAGCAGGCGGCAGCCGCCACCCCCGCACCCGGUAGCAGCUGUGCCGGGCGGGGCUGGGGCUGGUCUGAGUAGCAGCGCCCUAGGAGCUGCUGUCGGCGGCGGCGGGGGUAGUCCCGCACUGCCCCCACUGCUGCCAGCCUCCUACCUCGGGGGGGCCGGCGGCUGUACAUGCACAACCACCUCUUGCGGCGGCGGAGGUGGCGGAGGCGGUGGUGUGGGGACGACGGCACUCCCAGCGGCUUCAGCACACUUGGAUGUGCGGCCGCCUCCGCCGCCGGCAGUAGCAGCAGGGGCGACAUCCUCUGCAUGCUGCCUAGCAGCAACAGCAGCCGCACCGCCAGCACCCUCCUUAGCACCCCCACCGCUGGGGCUCCACCCUCCGCCACCUCCACCCCCCUCCCAGCGGACCUCCAUGCCCCCAUCAGCAG